CACUGGUAGAAAAAUAUGAUCCCGAGAAGAGCGGCUCCUGCGUUUCAAUACUCAAGACAACAAUUUCACCGCGACUCAUUUCAAUAGAAAUCUCAAACCCAUUCACCAGUCUGCUCCUUGUUGAACUCUUUUUCUCUUCUCCAUCCUUUUUUUUCUUUCUCUAUUUCUUUUAUUUGUAAAAAAAAUCUUUUAUUUUUUUGCGCUGGAUCUUUCGUGCCAAAAAAUGUGUGUGGAGAGCGAUGGAUGUGAGAUAGAAGGCUGCAGCAGUUCGGAUGAGGUGCGCACGCUGUCGGGCAGCAUGAGUCCCGCACUGAAAUCCAACCCGGACCUUCACCCCUGCAAACCCGGCCAGAAAUUCCGCGCCGCGCUGCUCAGAUGCCGUUCACCGGCUGCUGCUGCCGGGAUCCUCAGCUUUGGGAACGUCCUCAAUUAUAUGGAUAGAUACACUGUAGCCGGUGUUCUGCUUGACAUUCAGCGGCAUUACAAAGUAUCCGACAGUGGAAUUGGCUUGUUGCAAACAGUUUUCAUCUGCAGCUUCAUGGUGGCGGCUCCCAUCUUCGGUUACCUGGGCGACCGCUUCAACAGAAAGGUCAUCCUGAGCUGUGGCAUUUUCUUCUGGUCCAUUGUUACCCUGUCGAGCUCCUUCAUCAGCAGAGAGUACUAUUGGCUGUUUGUACUCUCCAGGGGACUGGUGGGCAUCGGCGAGUCCAGCUACUCCUCCAUCUCUCCCACCAUCAUAGGAGACCUGUUCACUAAUAACAGCCGCACCAUGAUGCUCUCCGUCUUCUACCUGGCCAUCCCCCUGGGAAGUGGUUUGGGUUACAUCCUGGGCUCCAGCGCCAAGGAAGCUGCGGGAGACUGGCACUGGGCACUGAGGGUGUCCCCGGUUUUAGGGAUGACGGCGGGGGCUCUGAUCCUGCUCUUCGUGCCCGAGCCAAAGAGAGGCUGCGUCGACCAGAUGGGAGCACGCAUCAAAACCCGCACCUCAUGGGUCUGUGACAUGAAGGCUCUCGCCAAAAAUCGGAGCUACGUGUUCUCCUCGCUCGCUUCUUCUGCGGUGUCCUUUGCCACGGGUGCGUUCGGUAUGUGGAUCCCCAUCUACCUGACCAGAGCCCAGGUGGUGCAGAAGACGGCAGAGCCCUGCACAAAAGAGAUCUGCAGUAGCACAGACAGUCUGAUCUUCGGGGCGAUCACCUGUGUGACCGGGCUGUUAGGCGUGGUCAUCGGGGCGGUCACCACGCGGAUGUGCCGCCAGAGGACCGAGCGAGCCGAUCCGCUCGUGUGCGCCGUCAGCAUGCUGGGCUCAGCCAUCUUCAUCUGCCUCAUCUUCGUGGUGGCCAAGAGGAGCAUCGUAGGAGCUUAUGUUUGCAUCUUCAUAGGAGAGACGCUGCUGUUCUUGAACUGGGCCAUAACAGCGGACAUUUUAAUGUUUGUGGUUAUUCCCACCCGGAGAGCAACGGCGGUGGCAUUUCAGAGCUUCACCUCUCACCUCCUGGGUGACGCGGGAAGUCCGUACCUGAUAGGCCUGAUCUCGGACGGCCUUCAGCAGAGCUACGCGACAUCGGCGAUGUGGCAGUUCCUCAGUCUGGGUUACGCCCUCAUGCUGUGCCCCUUCAUCAUCGUCCUGGGGGGCAUGUUUUUCCUGGUAACCGCUCUGUUUUUCCUGGAUGACAGAGAGAAGGCCGACAAACAGUUAAACCAGCUGUCACGAUCACCCUCCGCGGUCAAGGUAUGACCAGGUGACAAGCGUAUGAGGAGACAUCUGAAGGAGCAGCCAAACUCAACAUGGGUGACUACAUGGAGAUAAAAAAGCGAGGGCAGCUGAUCCACCUCUUUAAAACCACGUCCUCUUCCUCGUCCUCACCGCGCCCAGAUCAUCCUCCUUCCCUCUUCCUCCUCCGCUUGGCUCCUGCUGUUCUUCCCUUUUUUCUUUUUUUUUUUUUUACACGCUCAUGGAGAGACUGCUCAUAACUGGAACGAGGGAGCGUCUUGCCCCUCCUCGAUACGCCUCUGAGAAUCACAGGUCGGCGAGAAGGCGCACGGCGGUGUGUGUCGAAAGCCCGCCGACCCCGACAGCCGGUGUCCUCCUCACCUCUGUCUGCGAGGAUCCACUGACCCUUCAAAAAAGGGAGGAGGUGGGGGUGGCAAAGUCCCCUGUGACCACUCCGACUCCUGAUGCCAUACUACUGAAUGCUGACCAUGAACCUGCCCUGUCUGUCUGCCUGUCUGUCUCUACGUGUCUGUCUGUCCGUUACAUCAGCUGUCAAUCUGCACCAAGUGCCAUAGCGUUACUACAUUCCUUCAGACUUUGCACUGACCACCAACAACCCCUCAUGACAUCAUCACUGACUAUGUUUACAUGCACAGUUAAAUUCAGCUCUAGGCCAUGAAAUUUGUUCAAUUGAGCUGUUUAUAUCUGCUAGACAGUAGAAGCAGCAUCAUUUGUAGAGUGCAGCCAUAGAGCUCCAUCGGUGUCUCUUUUUGCUCCCAUACACAUUUUCCACAAUUUAUUCAGCCUUUCAUCCGACUUUAAGGCCUGUAAACAGAAAGUAGCUGCAAAUUCAAGUUAUGUGGAGCGAGUGAUGCAACUAAAACAUGCUGCAGGAAACAAUUAGUAUCAAAGUGUUUGUUUAUCUGUUUAAAUAAGCCUCCCCACGAUGUGACUAAUAUCAGAAUGGCAGUAUUACCAACACACACAUUGAAGUAACAUACAUAAAUACAGUGUUUACAUGAUGAAUGCAGUAUUCUCAUAAUAGCAUCACAAUCAAAUUUGUCGCUGUGCAUGUAAACAUAGCCGUAGACGAACAGCCAAAAAGUGUAACUGUCUAUUUCGGUCAGUGAAUCAGCCUUAAAAAAAUUGGAGCUUUCACAUCAACAGAGCUAGCCAGCUGUUUUACUUUGACCCCCCCACAUGUGUUUUGAUUUUAUUUUAUUUUCUUUUAGCUUUUAGCACUUAAAUCAGUGUAGAUGGUGCCAGAGAACGCGACAGAGAUAUGAGAUUUCUGCACAUUAUUUUUCACAAGGUUUCUUGUGAUAUUUCGUUUAUUUUCUUUGUGUGUGUGUGUAUGAAUGUGUGUGUGUGUGCGAAUGUGUGUGACAUUGCAUUUGAAACUGGAGGUUACUGCGUAUGAUUGUUUCAGAAGGAUAAUGAUGAUGCAAUCCGGGCAAUUUUAAAGAGGACACUGGAUUAUAUAUUUUAUAAUUUAUAAUGUACAUGCUUUUUUCCCAAAUGUAAAUGAAAUGCUACUCUUUUGACUUGGAGCCAUUUUAAUGGAAUAGUACCUGUGUUUUUUUUUUUUUAUGUAGAUGAGAAGCAAUACUAUUCUUUUUUUUUUUCUUUUUUUUUUUUUGUGGAAGCCAACCUUUUGUAUCCACACUGCCUUAUCAGUGAGCUGGGUUUCCCUUUAAAGGGUAUAGUUCUCUGAUGGUUGGUUUUGAAUUUCUGGACACAACACCCACACAGAGACAGAGUCACCACUAAUGAUGGAUUCCAAACUCACUCCACGCUGGUUACAAUAACAGGCAUUGUGAAAAAAGACCUUUCCCUCUCAAUUGUAGAUAUCCCAUUCCACGAUUAGAAGACUGGACUUUUGGAAAGAGCUGGAGUCACAGUCAUCGGUUUUAUUAGUGAGGGAAAUCAAAAUCCCAGACAGGAAGAGGAAAUCCUUCGGCCCCAGGUGGCUGGCUCUUAUCGUUGAUAACAGAUAAGCGAGGAAUCCCCCACUUUGAAACCGAACCGCCAUAUCUUCAGAUGUCACAGCAGGAGCUUAAAAACAGAGUCCCCUUCAAUACCUGCAUUUAAUAGCAGCAGAGAACAGCAUAGAGAUUUAGAUAGGAAACCCGAGUCCACAAUUCGACCGAUUGCUUGGAUUUGAUUACUCUAUGCAUUCAUUACCGUAUCAGAUUUGCAAUUAUGCAAAUUAAAUGUAAUCUCCCACGAAGAAAAAGAAACUCAGAGAGGAAGUUAGUUUUGUAUAUACAAACAUAUAGUCAUUAGAAGCUCCCUUUUUUUGUAGUAGUAGACACAAUUUUACUGAAACCUUUAAUCCACUAAUGGAAUCUAAGGUUUUAAAACUUGUGCAUAAAAAGGGGGAAAAAAGCACUUUGCACACCUCCAAGAAAACACAGAAAGAGGAGGAUGGAUUGACCUCAGCGGAGGAAUAAAGGGAGACGUUGAGUUGGUUCUUGUAGCAUUGAUGUGUGAGAAUGACUCACUGGCUGUGUGUGGGGUGCUGUGUGGGUUGUGUCCUUGUUGCCAGAUCAUUAGCUUUAGCUUCUCUCCAACUGCGUGGAGCUCUCUGAAUGUGAUUCUGUCCAACGUGUUUACACACCUACAUCUUCUUAAUGAACUAAGCUUCUUACCUUCCUUUUAUCGAUUCUUUUUUUUUAAUGUUACCAAAUUAGUUGUUUUUUUUAAUUAUUACUACAAUAGAUAUAUAUAAAUAUAUAUAUAUAUAUAUAUAUAGCUAUAUCACGCAGCAACUUUAAUAUAUUGUAAAUGAUGGCUUGGAUGCAAUGUAUUUAUUUGUUACCAUAAUGAAGAAUAAUCUAUAAAGGGAAGUUUAAGGUUUGAGUAUAAUACAGUUUGUUGUAUGUCUUUUUGGGUUUAGAAAUGACUGUUUGUUCAUCCUUUUAUAUCACCAUGAAACAACACAAUACCUUUUUUACAUCACUAAGAUUCAUCCUGUUUACUGUGAUCAUGAAUUGGACAUCUCACACAUAUUACACUCGCAAAGGAAUUGCAAUGUGAUUUUUGAAUUUGAAGACAACGUAUCGGUCUCAUCUUUACGAUGCAAUACUUUUGCGUUCAUUUUUUGUAGCUCUUGUAUGUGUUGUUUUUUUUUUUGUUUUCAGAGUAACUGAUCAAAUCAUUUUGCACACUUAAUGUUCAGGGAUUUGUUUGAACCAUAGCCUAGCAUCCCAUCGCGGCCUCUGUCGCAGAGGUCUGUCACUUCAUGCUCACAGUAAGUGCUGACACAUUGUCAUCUAUCAUCAGUAGGGGGCGUUGGCUCUGGUCAGAUGGGUCAUGAAUUGAGUUUCACUUUGCCAAAUUUAGUUGAUUUUAGCACCAAUCCUUUAGUAUAGGUCUGUUGUAUUGAGUAAUUCUAUGUUAAUAAUCACUGAAGUGAUGUAUUGAGAAUGUGCUAUUUCUUGUCGUACAAGAAUUGUGUAUAAAGAAACCUAUUUCUGAUGUUGAGCAGAAAACAGAGGUUAUUUUUAUUUUUAGAGCAAGUCAAUACAAGAGAUGUGUCAAAGGAUAUUAUUGUAGAACUGAACUGUGAUGCUCCCUUGGGGUUUGAUAGAAAAUGUACAUGUCUGUAAAUCAAA